GUCAGAGCGCCAGAUGCAGUACACACCACUGUAUCUGCUGAUACACAUCCUGUAACGGAAAGCAAACUUAAAGCUUUCAGUAUUGGUAAAAUGAGUGCUGCCAAACGGACUCUGAGCAAGAAGGAGCAGGAAGAAUUAAAAAAGAAGGAGGAUGAGAAGGCUGCUGCAGAAAUUUAUGAAGAAUUCCUUGCUGCCUUUGAAGGAAGUGAUGGUAAUAAAGUGAAAACAUUUGUAAGAGGAGGAAUCGUUAAUGCAUCUAAAGAGGAGCACGAAACAGAUGAAAAACGGGGUAAAAUCUAUAAGCCUUCAUCACGAUUUUCAGAUCAAAAAAAUCAACCAAGCCAGCCAUCUAAUGAGAAGCCUCCAUCCCUCUUAAUGAUAGAAACCAAAAAGCCUCCUUUGAAGAAAGGAGAGAAGGAAAAGAAGAAGAGUAAUUUGGAACUUUUUAAAGAAGAAUUAAAGCAAAUACAAGAGGAGCGUGAUGAAAGACAUAAAACAAAAGGUAGAUUGAGUCGUUUUGAACCACCCCAGUCAGAUUCAGAUGGCCAACGUCGUUCAAUGGAUGCUCCUUCAAGAAGAAACAGAUCAUCUGGUGUACUGGAUGAUUAUGCACCAGGGUCACAUGAUGUUGGAGAUCCAAGCACAACAAAUUUGUACCUUGGAAAUAUUAAUCCUCAAAUGAAUGAAGAGAUGUUAUGUCAAGAAUUUGGACGCUUUGGACCAUUAGCGAGUGUUAAAAUUAUGUGGCCAAGAACUGAUGAAGAAAGAGCAAGAGAAAGAAAUUGUGGCUUUGUUGCCUUUAUGAACAGGAGAGAUGCGGAAAGAGCACUAAAGAAUUUAAAUGGCAAGAUGAUUAUGUCAUUUGAAAUGAAGCUCGGCUGGGGCAAAGCUGUACCUAUACCACCACAUCCAAUAUACAUUCCGCCUUCUAUGAUGGAGCAUACCCUCCCGCCUCCUCCAUCAGGACUGCCUUUUAAUGCCCAGCCCAGGGAGAGAUUGAAGAAUCCUAAUGCUCCGAUGUUACCACCACCAAAAAACAAGGAAGAUUUUGAGAAGACUCUGUCGCAAGCCAUAGUCAAAGUGGUUAUCCCAACAGAAAGGAAUUUGCUCGCUUUGAUACAUCGAAUGAUAGAGUUUGUGGUACGGGAAGGGCCUAUGUUUGAAGCCAUGAUCAUGAACCGAGAAAUCAACAAUCCGAUGUUCAGGUUUUUAUUUGAAAACCAGACUCCAGCCCAUGUAUAUUAUAGAUGGAAGCUUUAUUCAAUUCUUCAGGGAGAUGCUCCAACCAAGUGGAGGACAGAAGAUUUCCGUAUGUUCAAAAAUGGCUCAUUCUGGAGGCCGCCACCAUUGAAUCCAUACCUGCAUGGGAUGUCAGAAGAGCAAGAAACGGAAGCAUUUGUUGAGGAACCAAACAAGAAGGGUGCACUUAAGGAAGAACAGAGGGACAAAUUAGAGGAAAUACUGCGUGGAUUAACACCUCGGAAGAAUGAUAUUGGUGAUGCAAUGGUUUUCUGUCUAAAUAAUGCGGAAGCUGCUGAAGAAAUUGUAGACUGCAUUACGGAAUCUUUGUCCAUUCUGAAGACUCCCCUUCCUAAGAAGAUUGCAAGAUUAUAUCUAGUGUCAGAUGUGUUAUACAACUCUUCAGCUAAAGUUGCCAAUGCUUCCUACUAUAGAAAAUUUUUUGAAACAAAAUUAUGUCAGAUAUUCUCUGAUCUCAAUGCUACUUACCGUACAAUACAAGGCCAUUUACAGUCUGAAAAUUUCAAGCAACGGGUAAUGACAUGCUUCCGAGCAUGGGAAGACUGGGCUAUCUAUCCAGAACCAUUUCUGAUCAAACUACAAAAUAUUUUCUUGGGGCUUGUAAAUAUCAUGGAAGAUAAAGAAACGGAGGAAGUACCAGAUGAUCUUGAUGGUGCUCCCAUUGAGGAAGAGCUCGAUGGUGCUCCUCUAGAAGAUGUGGAUGGAAUUCCUAUUGAUGCUGGUCCUAUUGAUGAUCUGGAUGGAGUCCCAAUUAAAUCGUUGGAUGAUGACCUGGACGGAGUUCCUUUGGAUACAGCUGAAGACUCAAAAAAAAAUGAGCCUAUAUUUAAAGUUGCCCCUUCAAAGUGGGAAGCAGUGGAUGAAUCAGAACUGGAAGCUCAAGCUGUUACUACUUCUAAGUGGGAGCUUUUUGACCAGCAUGAAGAAUCUGAGGAGGAAGAAAUUCAAAAUCAAGAAGAAGAAAGUGAAGAUGAGGAAGACACUCAGAGUUCUAAGUCAGAAGAGCAACACAUAUAUUCCAAUCCUAUUAAAGAAGAAAUGUCUGAAUCCAAGUCAUCAGUCAAAUAUUCAGAAAUGAGUGAAGAAAAGCGUGCCAAACUCCGAGAGAUAGAGCUUAAGGUGAUGAAGUUUCAGGAUGAGUUAGAGUCUGGGAAAAGACCCAAGAAACCAGGCCAGAGUUUUCAGGAACAGGUUGAACACUAUAGAGACAAGCUGCUCCAGAGGGAAAAAGAGAAAGAGUUGGAAAGAGAACGGGACAGAGACAAAAAGGACAAGGAAAAAUCUGAAUCCAGGUCCAAAGAUAAGAAGGAAAAGGAGGAGUGUACACCAACAAGAAAAGAGAGGAAAAGGCGACACAGUGCUUCACCUAGCCCAUCUCGCAGCAGUGGCAGCAGACGAGCAAAAUCUCCGUCACCAAAAUCAGAACGCUCAGAGCGCUCUGAACGGUCCCACAAAGAGAGUUCACGUUCUCGGUCAUCACAUAAAGAUUCUCCCAGAGAUGUCAGUAAAAAAGGCAAAAGGUCACCAUCUGGCUCCAGGACACCCAAAAGAUCGAGAAGAUCACGAUCCAGAUCCCCUAAAAAGUCAGGGAAAAAAUCCCGGUCUCAGUCCCGUUCUCCUCACAGAUCUCACAAGAAAUCAAAGAAAAGCAAACACUGACAAUGUUUAAUAUUUUUUAUGAUGCUGUCACUGGAAAUGCAGUUUUGUUUUUGUGCCUGAACAGUCUGUUAAAAAACAAAAAAGCAUUCCUGAUUUUUUUUUUUGUGAAUGCAUGUGUAUACUCAUGAGUAUCAGCAUCUGUAGACCUGUCAUUGUUUUAUAUUGUACAAAAUACCUUCAUUCUGGCUAUUUCCCAAAUGCAACAUUUUUGUGUUUAGAAGUUUCAUCAGAAAUGUGUGUAACUGAUCUGCUGGCAGUAGUGAUAUUUUGUUUUAGAAUGUUGUGACAUAGCAGAAAUAAAUGUUCCCCCUUUUUGUAGCUUUGACAAAUUGAAUUAGAUUUCAAAUAAAAUCUGAACAGAAAA